AUGGCUGCCGCAACUAAAUCAUAUCUCUCUGCCAGUGAUGGUACUGGAAACUCCCUUUUGCGUCGCAAAUCCAAUAUCGACAUCGAUGCGAUACACAAUAUUCCGCUCGACAGCGAGAUGGCCCCGGCUCAGUUAUAUUCAACGGAGUCUGGAAGGUUAUUUCACUCCGGAAAGAUUGCAAUAGUAACCGUUGGUUUACCGGCCAGAGGAAAAACCCAUGUCUCUGUGGCCCUCUCUAGAUAUCUACGGUGGUUGGGUGUGAAAACCCGUGCAUUCCAUCUUGGUGAUUAUCGUCGUGCGCACAUGGGCCCAGGAACUGAUGUCCCACAUGACUACUUUUUCAUUGACGCGACGCCCUCUUCGGUCAAAUUGCGGCAAACUAUCCUCCAGAAAUGUAGACUUGACUUGUACCAUUUCUUGGACCAUGAGAUGGGCCAAGUGGCGAUCUAUGAUGCAGUCAACCCUACCUCUAUGGGGCGUAAGCAGCUCGCAAAAGAAUUCAUGAAGCAUGAUAUCCAGACAAUCUUUAUUGAAUCAUACGUCGAUAAUCCAAAAAUUAUCGAGGAAAAUGUUCGAAGUGUCAAGAUAUCUUCACCUGAUUACCAAGGUUGGGACCAAAAAGAUGCUGUCAAAGACUAUAUAGCUCGAAUGAACGCAAAGAUUCCCCAUUUCGAAACGAUGGAGGAAAAGGAGUUGAAUUAUAUCAAGAUGAUCAAUGCAGGGGAACGGAUAAUUGUCAACAACUGCCGUUUUGGAUAUCUUCCAAAUAGGAUUGUUUUUUAUUUGAUGAACCUGCAUAUCAAAUCUCGCCAGACUUACUUUGCAAGGGCAGGAAUUUCCUCACAGGAUGACUCCUAUAAAGCUGAUGGCGACCUCUGUGAAGAGGGCGUUGGGUAUGCUAAGCGCCUUGGCGAGGCAUUACUAGAAAAUAGAAACAAAGAGAGGGAAGCCUUUAUUGCCAAUGGAGGAAGCCCAGAGGAGCUUAAACCACUCACGGUUUGGACUAGCACCAGACGUAGGACCGUUGCGACUGCAACAUACUUGCAGGAAAGUGGAUUCAAGGUCAAACAGCGACCGCAAAUGAGCCAACUUAACCCAGGAGAUGUUGAAAGAAUGACAGAGAGGCAGAUUCGGGCGAAGUAUCCUGAUGAAUGGGAGAGACAUCAGGUGGACCCUUAUCAUCACAGAUUCCCUAGGGGCGAGAGUUAUCACGAUCUUGCCGUUCGUAUGGAACCCAUCAUCCUCGAACUUGAAAGGGAAAAGAAUGAUCUCCUUAUUAUUGCUCAUGAGAGCGUAUUGAGGGUUCUUUACGGAUACCUUAUGGCCUGUUCAACCUCUGACAUCCCUACUUUGAGAUUCCCGAGGAAUGAGAUUGUUGAGAUUAUCCCCGAGAGCUAUAACAAUAGAUCCAAGAGAAUUCCAGUCCCCCACACUAACCCCAAGGGAGUUUAUGUCCCUUAG